AAAGGAGGGACGCGCUUUCGGGGGAAGGGUGGGAGGCAGGCCUUGUCCGGGAUCUCACCACGACUGCGCGGAAGGGAGCCUGACUGGAACAUGGCGACUUGCGCCGAGAUCCUGCGGAGCGAGUUUCCCGAAAUUGACGGACAGGUCUUCGACUACGUGACGGGCGUCUUGCAUAGCGGCAGCGCGGACUUCGAGUCUGUGGAUGACCUGGUGGAAGCUGUGGGGGAACUGUUGCAAGAGGUGUCCGGGGACAGCAAGGAUGACGCGGGCAUCAGAGCCGUGUGUCAGCGCAUGUACAACACUCUGCGCCUGGCUGAGCCACAGAGCCAGGGAAACAGCCAGGUGCUGCUAGACGCCCCCAUCCAGUUGUCAAAGAUAACGGAGAAUUACGACUGUAGCACCAGCCUUCCAGGACUACUGAAGAGGGAACAGUCCUCGACAGUGAAUGCAAAGAAGCUAGAGAAGGCUGAGGCUCGACUAAAGGCAAAGCAGGAGAAACGCUCGGAGAAGGACACACUCAAGACCAGCAACCCUCUAGUCUUGGAAGAAGCAUCAGCCAGCCAAGCAGGCAGCAGAAAAGAGAGUCGGUUGGAAUCAUCUGGCAAGAACAAAUCCUACGAUGUGCGAAUUGAGAACUUUGAUGUGUCUUUUGGCGAUAGGGUACUGUUGGCUGGUGCAGAUGUGAACCUGGCGUGGGGUCGCCGCUAUGGGCUGGUGGGUCGGAAUGGGCUCGGGAAGACGACACUGCUGAAGAUGCUGGCCACCCGGAGCCUGCGGGUUCCAGCACAUAUCUCCCUGCUGCACGUAGAGCAGGAGGUUGCUGGAGAUGACACCCCUGCCCUGCAGAGUGUGCUGGAGAGUGACACUGUGCGAGAAGACCUCCUGCGGCGAGAGCGGGAGCUCAGUGCCCAGAUUGCUGCUGGCAGGGCUGAAGGCUCAGAAGCUGCACAGCUGGCAGAAAUCUAUGCCAAAUUGGAAGAGAUUGAGGCUGACAAGGCGCCUGCCAGGGCUUCAGUCAUUCUUGCUGGACUUGGCUUUACCCCUAAAAUGCAGCAGCAGCCCACCCGGGAGUUCUCAGGUGGCUGGAGGAUGAGGCUGGCCCUUGCCCGGGCCCUGUUUGCUAGGCCAGAUCUUCUGCUGUUAGAUGAACCCACAAACAUGCUGGAUGUAAGGGCCAUCCUAUGGCUGGAGAAUUACUUGCAGACAUGGCCCUCCACAAUUCUGGUUGUCUCCCACGACCGAAACUUCCUGAAUGCCAUAGCCACAGACAUCAUCCACCUACACAGCCAGCGGCUAGAUGGUUACCGGGGAGACUUUGAGACCUUUAUGAAAAGCAAGCAGGAACGGCUACUCAACCAGCAGCGUGAAUAUGAGGCACAGCAGCAGUAUCGCCAGCAUAUCCAGGUUUUCAUUGACCGGUUUCGCUACAAUGCCAACAGAGCCUCUCAAGUACAGAGUAAACUCAAGAUGCUGGAGAAGCUGCCAGAGCUGAAACCCGUGGACAAGGAGUUGGAAGUAGUGAUGAAGUUCCCCGAUGGGUUUGAGAAGUUCUCACCGCCAAUUCUGCAACUAGAUGAGGUGGAUUUCUACUAUGACCCUAAACACAUCAUCUUCAGCCGUCUCUCCGUCUCUGCUGAUCUUGAGUCCCGCAUCUGUGUGGUUGGGGAGAAUGGAGCUGGGAAGUCUACCAUGCUGAAGCUGCUUAUGGGAGAUCUAACACCUGUUCGGGGCAUCAGACAUGCUCACAGGAAUCUGAAGAUAGGCUAUUUUAGCCAACACCAUGUGGAACAGCUGGACCUGAAUGUCAGUGCUGUGGAACUGCUGUCACGCAAGUUUCCUGGACGGCCUGAGGAGGAGUAUCGUCACCAGCUGGGCCGGUAUGGCAUCUCUGGAGAAUUGGCUGUGCGCCCUGUUGCCAGCUUGUCUGGGGGCCAGAAGAGCCGCGUAGCCUUUGCUCAGAUGACCAUGCCCUGCCCCAACUUCUACAUUCUGGAUGAACCCACAAACCACCUGGAUAUGGAGACAAUUGAGGCUCUGGGCCGCGCUCUCAACAAUUUCAGGGGUGGCGUGAUUCUGGUGUCCCACGAUGAGCGCUUCAUCAGGCUGGUGUGCCGGGAGCUGUGGGUGUGCGAAGGAGGUGGUGUCACCCGGGUCGAGGGGGGCUUUGACCAAUACCGUGCCCUUCUCCAGGAACAGUUCCGCCGUGAGGGCUUCCUCUAGGCCCAGUAGGCUGGGGACUGUGCCCAGGACAUGGACUGGUCUCUCAGACCCCUGGGCCACCAUGCAGGCAACCAUCACCAGGCCAUGGACCUCCCCUGACUUGGGGGACAGCCUUAUCCCCAAAUCUUUCCUUUCGACUGGAGCAUUCUCUGCACAAUCCAGGGAGUCCCAUCUAAGAGUCUGUGAGGACUGGCUUUCUAAGUGGAAGGGGUGGGGAGGUACCCUCUGGGGUUUUAGAUUCCCCACUGCCCCAGCUUUGACUGGGCCCCAAGUGGCUGCUGUGUAAAUUAAAUCUUCCUUGCCUCAUCUCUGCUGUUGCCUGGUUGGGCUGCAGUGUGUUAAGGGGUGUGGGCACUCUGAUUUCGCAUUUUCCUAUGACACUUGUAUCAGUCACAAGGAGGAAGUUACGGCAUCACCACCCUUGUCCCUGGAAGGAGAUAUCAGUAAGCCGCUGGGGCUGGGAGGUCACCUGCCUAACCUUGCAGUGGGCUGUGUUGUUGGAACGAAGGGCAGUGUGUUACAGUACUGUGGUGCUGGCCGCUAUAGCCUGGUCUCAGCCUCAGCUGAAGGGGUCUUGGAUUCUGCCAUCUCAGCCUCACUGCUUGGGAGAGUGAACUGAUUCUGUGAUCCUGUGGCUCUAAAGCCUAAACAUGGUCUGUCAACUGCUUUCUCCCAUGGUCUCUGGCCCAGGCUCACCCUACAUCUCUGAUACAGACUUUCAGAAGGGGCUGAAGAGAAAUUGUUUUUGUCCUUGUUUUGCAUGGGUGGCUUCAUUUAUUUUUCCUCUAACCAUGUAGGAGGGGCCUGCGAAGUAGGGAAUUGAAAAUGUGGUCUAAUGGGAAGAAAUAGAGCAUUUUGUUUUCAAAUUAAGCAGUCUUUAAGGGGGGAUGUUUAAUAGAUAAUGUGAUUUACAAAUAUUGCUUCUCGAGGGCUCAGCUGCUAUAUGAAAUUGCUAUGCAGAAGACACUAACAUAGAGACAUUGUUUUGCUCUUGAUGACAGUAGAGAAACCAGAGUCAACAGAAGGAACUUGCUGGCUUCAUAGAGAAUUAUAGUCACAGAGCUCAACCAAGGAAUUUUAACUCAGCUUCUGAGAUGAUUAUGGUAUAGGUAGCUGGGAGAGAGAGACCUGUUUUGGAGUAAAGGAAAAUAAAGGCAGGAAGGCUCUGAUGAUUUGCCACAGAGCUAGCAGUGUUAGAUGGAUGAAGCCAGCAGAAGAGCCACUGAUCGGCCUGUCUCCUCAGCGUCCCUCACUCCCUUUUUGAAGUCCAGAGGUGUUCUUCCAGCUUUGUGGCUGGGUGCAUUUUCACACUCAGGAGCCUUCUCAUGGGCCCCAUCAGUUUCUGUCGGCCUCGGACCUGCAGGGGCCUGGUGUGUGAUCUGUGUCUACCUGUUUGCCAGGCUCUCAGCCCCAUCACCCUUCACAAGCUUGUGAAGCCUGAUAUGAAUUCUCCCAAGAGAACUGAUUUGGUGGGAGUAAAGCUGAAGGGUUCUAUACACAGAAUCUGCUUCUUUUGGAGGUAGGUGACUUUGUACAAAGAACAUUGGAGUUGGGUCUAAAAUCAAGUCCCAGUAUCAUUACUGGUGAUAGAAGGGGGUCACCAGAGUAAAAACUACUAGCUGAGUAAGAAAUCACUUAACCUUUUUGAAUACCUCUUGCUUGGUUUCUUCAUAGGAUUAGUUUGAGGAUUAGCUGACAAGUAAGCACUUACAAAGUGAUUCUUGUGUGAUGGUCUGUGAUUUGAAGGAAUGUGGUAGGAAAAAAUCUGAGUAACUCCAGAGAUAGGUAAAUUUAGGCCCAAAGGAAGGAAAACUUUUUUAAUAGCUCAGGUUGCUUUUUGAGAGUGAGUUCCCAGUCUCUGGGACUGUUCAGCCCUGCCAGGCUCUUUUAGGUUGACUUCCAAUUUCAUGAUUCUAUGAACAAUAUGGGAAGAGCGUGUAUAUGUGACAGUACAGGCCUACACUGCAGGUCUUCAGAAAAUUGUGAUGAAAGAAUUGUAGCAGCUGAGAAAGACGGUACAAGUGCAGGGUGAACUAUUGGGAAUUAGAGGAAGGGAGUUGGCAGAAAAUAAUUGUCUUGAGAGAACAUACGGACAAUGUGAGCUCCAUUCCAGGAAGCACAGGACAGAGAGGAGACGAAUCUAACAUGCAAGGGUGGGAAGCCGCCCAUGAUCACUACAGACUGCCCGUCACAGCAGCCACCCCUUUCAUGCUGUGGAGGGCCUGUCUGACCCCAUCCAUUGGGGAGCUCACAGCUGCUGAUGCUUGAGCUUCCCUGCUGCCAUCAAGCCUUAAAGCCAAGGAGCUGGCCAGGUUGAAAGUGCAGGAUCUUCAUUGAAUUCCCGGUCUCCCUGACCUGCUGGCCUCAGGCAACCUGGCUGGUCCUCAGUGGGAGUAAAGGGUCCCUCUGCAUCUGUCUACAAGGCAUCGAAGAUGCCAGUCAGAAUGGUUUGUUUCAGUGUGCUAUUACUGUCUAGAGAUUUAUUGGACAUAGGCUGUUUUGCAUACCUCUUAUGGUUUGCGGGCAAAUUUUAGCAUAAAAUAGGGGAGAUGCCAUUUACCCUUGCUGGCCAUGCCCCAGCCUAGUUUGUCAUUUUAGAAUGUAGCAUUGUGGUAAAAGGCACUCCCUAGGUCUGGGUCUGGCCCACCCACAGAUGCAAACCAAAAACACCCUGGCCAGCAACAGCAGCUUGUGGCCCUGCACCAGCCUGAACAUGCAGACUGGAUGUUGGAACCUGUAGAAAUCAAAGCAGCUUAGCAGGCUGGGUUCACAGCCUGGCUGAAAGGCCUCUAGGGGUCCCUGAACCAGGAGUGAUAGAUUCCCUGCAACCCUGCCUCCCUCCAAGUAGGCUUCAUUGUACCUUGUGCUUCCCCCAUUAUAAGCUGCUUACCAUUGUUGAAGGUGUAGAUCCCACUCUGCCUUGAUAGCCUAGAAAGCCAGACUAUGGUUUAUUCAUCUUUGUGUCUUCUGUGCCUGCCGCAGGUGAAGAGAUCGGCAGGCAAGGUGUUUAUUGGAGCUGCUCCUGGGACCAACACCAGGAUUGAGCAGAGGGAGAAGUUUAGCAGCAGUGAAGGCAUCGGUCAGCCCCGCAUUGUGGAGCUGCAUAAGCCCUGCAGAGUUGUCUGGAGCUUGAGGCAAUGUCUCGGGCAGGGCUUUACCCUGCUGAGUUGAUCAAUCUUUGAAUGCCGGCUGCUACCAGAAGGAGAUGUAAAGUUGAGAGAAGUUUUCAGUGGAGGGAAUUUCCCCAAAGGGGCUAACCGCUGAGAACUUUCUGCCAUCAGCACUUGCAGCAGCUAGGGCAGCAAGUCCUGCAGUCUGGGCAGCUCAUGACAGCAUCUGCUAGAGUGCUCAGCGUAUAGAUAAGUGCUCAGUAAAAAUUCUUGAGAAAUGAGUACUGGGGGGAAGCUAUUUGAGGAAAGGCAGAGAAUGAUAUUGGAGAGAGCAAGAAACGAGAAGGCCAUAACCAAAAUCCAGUCCUAAAGGACGUGAGGUCAGCAUGGUACAGGUAGAGACAAGACAAGGGAGGACUCAGCAAGGAGGAGUCUGCUCUGCCUAAACAGAGAAGGACUCCCUUUUCUGGGCCUUUUUGUUGUUUUUAGACCUCUCGUUUCCUUUCAAGACAAUACCAAGGAAAUAAUGACAGUAUUUAUUGAGCUCUUAUUAGUAAUAGGCACUGUUUUAAGUUCUUUACUUGCAUUAACUCAGUCAAUCUUCACAACCCUAUUAUUCUCAUUUUAUAGAUGAGGAAACAGGACAUUGACAUAGCAGGUGGCAGGACUGGGACUCAGGCCAGUCUGGUUCUAGAGUGUAGCUCUUAACUGUCAUGCUGUUCUACCUUGCUGGUCCGCUCCUAGUUUGACCUGCCCAAUAGUUGGAGUUUGUUCAUCCUGCCCAAUAGUUGGAGUUUGUUCAUCCCGUCCAAUAGUUGGAGUUUGUUCAUCCCGUCACUUAAAACUCUUCAUUGCAUGGGCAGGAAUGGGAGGUAGGGGAUUCGAACAAGCUUCUCUCGGGAGCAAGCUCAUGAGUAGGAGUACCUGGCAUUGGCUGACCCACUGGGUGGUCAGUGAAGCUGUUUGUGAUGACUAAAAACAGGUGAUAAUAGUGGAAAAGUUAUGCACUGGGAUUAGCCCAGCUCUACCACUAAUGGUAUCUUGGGCAAGCCAGCUUCUCCUGAGUAAAUUGUCCUUAUCCAUAAAGUGGGCAUAACACAAUUAGUCUUGCCUGCUUCUUUGGUUAGUUUGGAGCUUUAAAUGACACAAAGCCCUGUGUAAGCUGAAUAAAAUUUUUUUGAAAACUGUAAAGAGCCAUGGAUCCAAAUGGUGUCAUUUCAUGGAUGGAGUGAUGGGGCGGCUGCCUGGGGCCUCCUCUGAAGAGACACAGACUCACACAUGCACACAAAUAUUCCAGGCCAUCAUCAAGAUGGUUGCCCCAGGAGGGCCACCCACAGCCCGCACCUGCUGAGCCAGGCAUCAGAAAGCAUGUGCACAGGAACACACUAUGCGACUGCCUGGCACCUGCUGAGAUGCGUGGGGUAAGGCAAACAUCACCAUGCAAUUUAACUCCAUUCUAAUAAUACGUAUAGGUCAUGCCCUGUCAGUAAUUCUAGGUUUCUUUUUUAUGCUAAAUAAAUGGGUGGUUUGGAAGUGAUUUCUGCUUUACAGUAUAUAGAGAGGCCUUUGAAACCCUAAAUUAGAAUAUUUGUCAACCCAUGAUACAGCAUUUUUAACUCAGGAAUCCUUUCACAAAUGUUCUCUCCUGGCCUUGUCUUCCCCAUAGUUUGGUGUUAAGAUGCUCCUGAUGAGUUAUUCUCAUUUUGCAGAACUGGAGCUUGAGGCAGAAUGACACGUGUCUUGCUUAGGUUCAGAUACCUCUGCACGCAGAGGUGGGGCAAGAACUGAGGCAUCCUGAGUCCCUGGUCUUGUCACACCUGUCCAGAUCACUGUUCCCAAUUUUGUUCCAUAUUUAUUCAUACAGUGGGUUGCAUUCUCACGUCAUACAUACCCAUGGGUAUGCUCAGGGUCAUGUUACCUUAUAUCCUUUUAGGGGGUCAUUUUGAACGUGGAAUGAGAGGGAACAACUGAAUCUGAUUUAACUUGUUUUUACCUUGUAAAUUAGGGAGCCAGCUCUGGAAUCAAAUUUGUGUCUGGAUUCUCAGGUAAUAGCUGUGUGAUGUUGGCAAAUUAAGCCUCUUAGUGCCUCAGUGUCUUCAUUUGUAAAAUGAGAAUAAUAAUGGUCCUUAUUAGGGUUAUGGUGA